AGCCAGGACCAGCAAUAGAGCCAGGGCUCCCUCCACCCUGCCCCCCCAAACUGGACUGGGCUCACCCAACAACCACCUGAGGUCACGGCAGCCAUCCCCCUGCAUACGGAGGAAGGGGAAGGUCACCGAGGCCAACAGCGGAUCUGCGCUUGGGCCCGAAAUCCAUGCCGAAUCCCCUCACCAGUGGCCAGGCCCCUCCUGCCACCCUGGACACCGUGGGCCUGGUGGACCAGAGGCUGGGAGAUGCAGGGCCCUCUGGUUCUGCCUCCAUCUUGGAAGACGGGGACACGGACCCAUGGGCCCUCCCUCAGCUGAAGGACACCAGCCAAUCCUGGAAAGAGCUCAGCGUGGCCGGCAGGGUGCUGCACGUGGCCAUCGGCUUCCUCAAGGCCUGUGGACUCCUGGGCAGCCUCUACCUCUUCAUCUGCUCCCUGGACAUCCUCAGCUCUGCCUUCCAGCUGCUGGGCAGCAAAGUAGCUGGAGACAUCUUCAAGGACGACGUGGUGCUGUCCAACCCCGUGGCUGGACUGGUCAUCGGCGUGCUGGCCACGGUACUCGUGCAGAGCUCCAGCACGUCCUCCUCCAUCGUGGUCAGCAUGGUGGCCUCCAGGCUGCUGACCGUCCGGGCCUCCGUGCCCGUCAUCAUGGGCGUCAACGUGGGCACGUCCGUCACCAGCACCCUGGUCUCGAUGGCGCAGUCGGGGGACCGGGACGAGUUUCGGAGGGCCUUUGGCGGCUCGGCCGUGCACGGCAUCUUCAACUGGCUCACGGUGCUGAUCCUGCUGCCACUGGAGAGCGCCGCGGGCCCGCUGGAGAGGCUCAGCGCCCUGGCCCUGGGCGCUGCCAGCCUGCAGCCCGGGGGGCCCGCGCCAGACAUCCUCAAGGUGCUCACGCGGCCGCUCACACACCUCAUCGUGCAGCUGGACGCUGAUGUCAUCACGGGCAGCGCCACGGGCAACGCCACCAACAGGAACCUCGUCAAGCGCUGGUGCGGCACCAGGGGGCAGAUGACGGCGGGGAACAGCAGCGCCUGCGGAGCGGCCGCCGGGGGCCCCUGCCCGGGGAGGAACAGCUCUGGCGCCCCGGGCCCCGAGGAGCAGCUGCCCUGCCGCCACCUGUUCGCGGGCACGGCGCUCACCGACCUGGCCGUGGGCUUCGUGCUGCUGGCCGCCUCCCUGCUCGUGCUCUGCACCUGCCUCGUCCUCGUGGUCAAGCUGCUCAACUCCGUGCUGCGCGGCCGCGUGGCCCAGGCCGUGAGGACGGUCCUCAACGCUGGUGCGGUGGGACGCGAGGGCGCGGCGGGGCGGGGCGCGGGGGCCGGGCUGGGGGUGACCGGCUCCCCCUCCCCAGACUUCCCCUUCCCGCUCGGCUGGCUCGGCGGCUACCUGGCCGUGCUCGCGGGCGCCGGCCUCACCCUCGUGCUACAGAGCAGCAGCGUCUUCACGGCCGCCGUCGUGCCGCUCAUGGGGGUCGGGGCGAUCAGCCUGGAGCGGGCGUACCCCCUCUUCCUGGGCUCCAACAUUGGCACCACCACCACGGCCCUGCUGGCUGCCCUGGCCAGCCCUUCGGACAUGCUGCCCAGUGCCGUCCAGGUCGCCCUCAUCCACUUCUUCUUCAACCUGGCUGGCAUCCUGUUGUGGUACGUGGUGCCCGUCCUCCGGCUGCCCAUCCCACUGGCCAAGCGCUUUGGGGACCUGACCGCCCGCUACCGCUGGGUGGCCGUCGCCUACCUGCUGCUUAGCUUUUUGCUGCUGCCGCUGGCCGCCUUUGGGCUCUCCCUGGCAGGGGGUGCAGUGCUGGCUGCAGUUGGGGGGCCCCUGGGGGUGCUGGCGCUCCUCGUCUUCCUGGUCACCGUCCUGCAGCGGCACCGGCCAGCCUGGCUGCCUGGCCGCCUGCGCUCCUGGGCCUGGCUGCCCCUCUGGCUCCGUUCUCUGGAGCCCUGGGACCGCCUGGUGAGCCACUGCUGCCCCUGCAAGGCCUGCAGCCCCCCUCAGGCUGCGGCCAAGGAGGCCCACUGCUACGAGAACCCGGAGGUCCUGGCCUCCCAGCAGUUAUGAGCGGUGGAGGCCCCCCGCCUCUGGGGGGUCCUAGUAGCUGCGCACUCCGUAGUCACCUGGAUCGCCUUCUUCGCAAAUAAACAAGCCCGUACCCAGCUGUGGGUGGUCUUCUCUCCCCCACGCGGGGCUGCGUGGGGAGAGCCCCGCCCCCGCCCCCCGCCCGCCUCCGUAGGGAGCUGGGGGUGGGGCAGCGCCGUUGCUGUCCCCCAGUGGACACUCGGGGCCCGCGCUGAGCCCGGCGUGGGAGCUGGCCGUCCCCGGAGGUGCGGCUACACCGCCGACCCCCGAGGCCCAAAGCUGUGGCUGCUUCUCUCCGCGGCCACCGGAGACAGAAGGCCCUAAGGAGUGGCCGCUCCAGAGCGUGGCGACUUCCCGCAGCAAAAAGCUCCGGGUCCAGGGAGGCCGGAGGCGGCCGGGGCCCUCCCUGUGGGUGCAGGAAGGCAGGGCGGCCGGCUCCCACGCCCGCCGCCGGGGAGCAGCGCGCGGGCCGCUCCUGCGCCGCGCAGCCCCCGUCGGCGGUCGGCCUGGAGGACGUCGCGCGGCCGCGGCGGGGCCCGACUCCGCAGGAACACCCUUGGCUGCGGGUGGGGACCUGCGCGGCCUCCCCCCUACCAGCCCUGUGCAGCAGUGGCCACUGUGGUCCUUGGCCUAGAGCCACGGGGAGGCUCCUGCUGUCUUGUUCACAGCCGGUGUUCAUUUCGGAAGGGCAAGGGCACUGUGAGAAGCCCGGAUGCCAGGCAGUGACCCUGCACACCUCCCAUGCCACUGCCUGUGGCCGGCAGAAGCCGGGCCCACCUUCCUGGACUGGCAUGGGGGACGGUGCUGGUCCCCUCGGCCCUGCAGGGACUGACAGCACUUUGACGUGCUGACUCACCCUCCAGGAAAAUCAAGGAAGAGUAACAGCAGUCGUCCACCCAGGCGUCCUGAUCCCGGUUGCCCAGCGGCCUGGGCGCCGCCCUCUCUGCACGCA